AUGGAGGGUAAUCUCGGCGGCUGGGGCUCGGGCUUGGGCUCCGGCAGCGGCAGCAGCGGCCGCCGCCUCCCGCGCGCCCACGUGCCGGAGCCCCGGUGUGCGCGCUCCGGCCGCGGGGCUGGAGGGAGGGAGCUAGAGCGAGCCGCGGGUGGGGGUAGCGAGCAGAGCCUGCACACCCGCGCAGCCGAGGGGAAGCCGCUGAGAGGCUAG